AUGGCUUCCUAUCUUUCGUACUUCACGUCCAAUCCGUCAAGCACUCCCCCUACAUCCCAGGGUUCAAGUACGCCCAACUCUAGUUCGACGUGGUCAAGUACGUUCUCAUCAAGAUUUGCCAGUCUACGCAAGGCUUUGACGAAGGAUUCUGAAGAAGAUGACCCUGACAACGAGGACUGCUCACAUAUCUCGAAUGUGCUCCGGGCCUAUUACGCAGAGAAAGGCCGACCAUUGCCCGAAUGGCUCCCCCCUGAUCCAAAAAGGCCCAUUGCUCCUCAGCCGCAAGGCUCGUAUGGGCAGUAUGGGAAUGCGUACGGCUCGCAAUUCAACACCCAGCAGGUGCACUCGAGAGGUUCGUCGGGUGGGAGAGGAGGUGGUCUUUCAGAUCUCUGGGACUCCGCCCCUGCAUCAGGUGCGCCUCCUCCCCAGAGCCUCAGGGCUUCCCGGCCGACACCACAUUCUUUACGUUCGAACGACACCGCGAGGUCACAUUCUAGUGGCGGCAGUCAAACCACAUCCUUCGGGCCGACAGCACCAACGGCCCGGCCCCUUCCCAGUCAAAGAGCAGGAAGUUACCAAACAAACCCCAAUGCAAAUGCACAGGCCCUGGGCUCUCGAGACAGGCUCCGGGCGCGGUUACAAGGAUCUAGCAGCGGUAGAAGCAGCCCGGCGGGAGGUAUGAGUGGGGGUCAAUCGUUGCAAAGCUCCUCGGGUGGGAAUCUUAGUACUCAAGAUCGCAGCGGAGCCGGCCAGCCCUAUAUUUCAGCUUCACAGCCCUGGUCAACGGGUGGCGACGCAUAUGGCCACAACGGUGGUUACACAAGUACAGGUCUUCCAUCCUCGCCCUAUGGUAAUCAAGACUAUCGUCAGCGCCCUGGGGGCCCAAGAUGA